CGUUUUAUCUAGCGUCUCGUAUUUCCCGCAUUCCAGCAGAGCAGAACACGAGGUAGGCAUCUGCGAUUUGAAUAGCUUAUUAUCUCAUAGGUCGGAUCCCAAAUGCUUACAUUGGGCGACUCGGAUGGUGGUGUAGGUCCGCCGUUGCAACAAUGAAUCUAGGUAUCAAUAAUGGUCUACCUCUCGUACAUACCGAGCCCACGUCAAAAUCUGGGUCAAUCUACUCGGAAAACAAAUAUCACACAAUCAUAUCUUCUCUCCCAUCAAACCCAACAAUCCCAAUCCCCAAAACCCAAGCCCACAAUGCCACCCAACCCAAUCUACACCACAUCCCCGCCCCCAAAAGACCACAUCCACGAUAUCAAAGCCACAUCCCCUAACCGACCCAUCCCCCCCAAACCAUCCUAUGGUAUCGACUCCCCCCUCGGCCUAGUCUCCUCCAAUGUCCUAGCCCCAUUCUAUCUCUACGCCUCCCUAAAAGGCAAAUUCGACACCUGGAACGCCCUCCUCUCCCAAAUACCCCCGUCGACCCUCUCAAAACGAACCCUAGAUUUAGGACCCGGCCGCGGCAUAGUCCUUCUCAAAACUGCCUCCCUCAAGAAACAACUCCAUGACCGGAGUGCCGGACCCGUGGAGCCGGCCUACGGCAUCGAUCUAUUCAUCAGGGGCGAUCAGAGCGGGAAUUCGCCGCUAGCGACGUAUGAUAAUGCUGCUGCCUUGGGGGUUCGGGACUGGGUUGUUUUGCAUACGGGGGACUUUGGACGGUUGCCGUUCGCGGAUGGGGUGUUUGGCCUUGUGACGGGGAGUUUGUCGAUUCAUAAUGCUAAUAAGGAGGUGAGGAGAGAUGCGGUUAGGGAGGCUGCGAGGGUGUUGGUGGGUGGUGGUGAGUUGGUUAUUGUUGAUUUGGCUGGGUAUGUAGGGGAGUAUGCUGGUUUUCUGGAGGAAUUGGGGUGGAGGGAGAUUGAGGUGGAAUCUGGGGGGUUGAGGUUGAUGUUUGGUGCGUGGCCUGGUCGUGUUUUGAAGGCGAGAAAACCCCGGAUAGAGGUGUGAUUUUUAUUGGGACUUGAUGGGGUGGAAAGUGGUAUACCUUCGAUCGACUUUUGGUUAACAUGGUAUGGGCCCUUGAUUGAGAAGUGCUCGAUAUUUGCUAACUUUGGGAUAUUGAAACAAGGC